AAUGGCAGAUGUCCUGUCACGACCUCAUGAGCACCGUCUAAGCUCUGCCUUAGAUGGACACUAUGACGAGAAGAGAAAAUCCAAUGUGGAAUACUCAGAGGAUGAAAAGAAAGCAAUGAUCGCGUCUCUGAAGAAGAAAGCGAUGAGCGCUUCACAAAACAUGAGGCAUUCCAUGAAGAGGGGGCGGAAGAGCAGCAAGGUCAUGUCCGUCUCAAUAUUGGAUGAGCGCGACCCUGAGGAGGUGCAGGCUGUGGAUGCCUUCCGCCAGCUUCUCAUACUUGAAGAGAUGCUACCAUCACAGCAUGAUGACUACCACAUGAUGCUGAGGUUUCUAAAGGCAAGAAAGUUUGAUAUUGAGAAGGCAAAGCAAAUGUGGUCUGAUACGCUGAAAUGGAGAAAGGAGUUUGGCGCAGAUACCAUUCUCAAGGAAUUUAAAUUCGAAGAAGCUGAUAAGGUGGCACAAUGCUACCCUCAAGGUUACCAUGGGGUUGAUAAGGAGGGCAGGCCUGUCUACAUUGAACGGCUUGGACAGAUUGAUGUGAAUAGGCUGAUGCAGGUCACCACAAUGGAUCGUUUUGUCAAGAACCAUGUCAAGGAGUUUGAGAAGAACUUUGCUGUUAAGUUCCCAGCUUGUUCAAUCGCUGCGAAGCGUCAUAUUGAUCAAAGCACAACAAUUCUUGAUGUGCAAGGAGUGGGGAUGAAGCAAUUCAGCAAAGCUGCAAGGGACCUCAUAGGCAUGCUUCAGAAGAUUGACGGUGACAACUAUCCAGAGUCGCUGUGCCGCAUGUUCAUCAUUAAUGCAGGCCAGGGAUUCCGGCUUCUAUGGAGCACAGUCAAGAGCUUCCUUGACCCGAAGACCACUGCAAAGAUUCAUGUUCUAGGUAACAAGUACCAAAGCAAGCUUCUUGAGGUGAUAGAUGCCAGCGAGCUGCCAGAAUUUUUUGGUGGAACUUGCCAGUGCGAAGGUGGAUGCAUGAAGGCUGACAAAGGCCCUUGGAAGGAUCCCGAAAUCAUGAAGAUGGUUCAAAGUGGAGUUGGGAGGUGUGGCUCACGCAGGUCAGCCUCUUCUGAGGUUGAGGAUAAAGUGAUUUGUGAAGAUGACAUUAUAUAUCCGAAGAAACAAACUUCAUCCGAUGGGGAGGCACAAUUAGUUGGAGAUGGUCAACCCACUCUGUCACGGAAAAUUUCUCGCGUCCAAAUUGAAUAUCCUCAAUUAUCACCUGUCCAUGAGGAACUUAUUCCUACUUUAUAUCCUACCCCUGGUUCACCCUAUUCUUGUGAUGUUCCUAUGGUUGAAAAGGCCAUAGAUGCAAUCUGCAAGAGCCAGGGAACUCUGCCGGAUGAGAAACUCGCCAUCACCAAAGCUGUUGUAACUGCCUCUAAUGGAUCCAAUCCCCCACUCUUUGGUGGCAUCAUAGCACUCGUGAUGAGCAUUGCAACGAUGCUCCGGUUGACGCGAAACAUGCCUGUGAAGGUACUUGGCGCUGCCAUUGGUGAUGCUAAACCUACUACCCCCACGAAAAGUAAAUCAAAAAUCCAAGCGCGGCAGCGAUCCAAGCUAUCACCAGAGGCUGUGAAGGCCGCUGAAGAUGUCGUAUCUACGAAGCGCCUCGCCGAGCUUGAGGAAAAGAUCCUUGCACUCCUAACAAAACCUGCAACAAUGCCGGCCGAUAAGGAGGAGAUGUUGCAAGCUGCUGUCAGCCGCAUCAGUGCACUAGAAGAGGAGCUUGCAGCUACAAAGAAGGCCUUGCAGAAGACUCUUGAGUGUCAAGGGGAGAUCAUUGUGUACAUUGAGAAGAAAAAGAAGAAGAAAAGCAAGCGUUUAUUUCGUUGGUAG